AUGAACAGGCCAACUUUCAAAGAACAAAACUAUGCCUUAUUUUCCAGAUUUCUCUGGUUUAUAUUAACAGUGAGCGCUUUCGGUGGUGCUGUGUAUUGUGCUUUGAACCAAUUCUUCCGCUACAACUCUGAACCGGUCGUCGUUUCCUUGCAAAGAGAUUACCGUGGCUGGACAACUGCCUUCCCAGCCGUGACUGCUUGCUUUCUUGAGAGAGUUGAUCAGGAGAAAGCUAGGCAGUUUAUAUUUAACACAUGGAACGUAACAGAAGAUGGUGAUCCGGAAAAGUAUCAGUAUUACUACGAGUUCGUUGAGCUGACCGCGGAGAUAUCGUUCCGUGGUAACCUUCAGAACUUCUGGAAGUAUCCAAGUGAUGACACAGUGAAGAACAUUGACUUGUUGAAACUUGCUCUCUUCGUACACCCCGAGUACUCCUUAAAGGCGAUCAAUUCUCAAAAUACUGAGGUGGAAUGGGUGUCAGUAAUGACAGAGGAAGGGCUGUGUAGGACAUUCAACUCAGAAUACGCGAAGUAUCAACUUGCCAAUGACGGUGCUUGGAAACAGCCUGAAAUGAUGAAGUGCCACUAUCACAGCGAGGCGUGUUACGUAAGGAUUGAUUCUGGAGAAAAUGGUAUUAGAUAUUUCAUUCAUUCACCAUUCGACAUCGCAACAGCUAUCUCUAAUCCAACUGGAGAAAUUUACCCCGGUGAUGAACUUAUUACAGAUUUUAAGGUGGUGGAAAUUGAAGCUGCCAAUACAAUCAAGAGUUUGAGAUCCGAACAGAGGAGGUGCAAGUAUCCUGAUGAAUGGCUUGGGAAUUCCAUAAAGGUUUGUUAG